UAUUAUGAACCCCCAAAGGGCAAUUUUUGUCCACUUCGUUGUUAAGUGAACUCCUCCUCAUUAAAAUAAGCGUCGCCUAUUCUUUUCUUCUUUCAUUAGGGUUUUACAUUUCUUUACUAUCUUUCCUCCUCAAGAAACUCUCUACUACCCAGUAUAAGCCAUGAGUCGUCAUCCUGAGGUGAAAUGGGCACAAAGAACCGAUAAGGUUUUCAUUACGGUGCUAUUACCUGAUUCAAAGAAUGCAAAAGUUAACCUUGAGCCGGAAGGAGUGUUUAAUUUCUCUGCUACUGCUGGAACUGACAAUAACACAUAUGAGUUGAAGUUGGAUCUUUUUGAUAAGGUCAACGUGGAGGAAAGCAAAAUUAAUAUCGGAGUUAGGAGCAUAUUCUGCAUCUUGGAGAAGGCUGAAAAAGUGUGGUGGAAAAAAUUAUUGCGCGGGGAUGGCAAAGCCCCCCAUUACGUCAAAGUGGACUGGGACAAAUGGGUGGAUGAAGAUGAAGACAAGGGUCUUGGUGAUCUUGACUUAGGAGGAAUGGACUUCUCGAACUUCGGGGGAAUGGGCGGCAUGGGCGACAUGAUGGGCGGCAUGGGCGGCAUGGGCGGCAUGGGCGGCAUGGGUGACAUGAUGGGUGGCAUGGGCGGCAUGGGUGGCAUGGAUGAAUUUGAGGACAGUGAUGAUGAAGGGCAAGAAGUGACAAAGCCAGAUGACAAGGCCGAAGGAGAUGCAAAGCCUGAGGAGCAUGGCAUCGGAUCUUCAGAGAAAAAGGAGGCUGAACCGAGCACAUGAAAUCAUUUUAGCUGAAACCCGAAAUGCUGUUAACUAUAGUUAUGGGUGAUAUUUUGCUCUUUCCCUGUCAUGGAUGGGGGAGAGGGGAUCAAAGCCUGAUGUGUUUUUAACUGCGUGAGAUUAAAAAAUUUGCGGAAAGAUAUGUGUUGUUGUGUCAGGUGGAGAAACAAUGUUAGCUCUUUGACAUGAAUUAGGAUGGAUGGUGUACCUGUAUCUUUAAAUUUGUUUGAUGGUGAUCAUUUAGAAAUGAGAUAAUCUGGGAUUUCAUCCUUGUUGCAA